AUGAUUCCUUCACAAGAUGUUUUCAAAUUCAGCUUUAAUGACGAAAAGAUAAGUAAAAUUAACACACAAAUAACAAAACGAACAGUUUUGGCCGAUCUUGCAAGACUUUUCGAUCCUCUUGGUUUGCUCGGACCAGUAAUAGUGAUUGAUUUACAUCGUAGACAUAUGCACGCUUCUCAUAGAGCGUUAAUAGCCAUCUCCAGACAACAAUAUUGGAUACUAGGUGUUGGACAUGCAGCUCGACAAGUCAUUAGUCGAUGCAUCAUAUGCUUUAGAGCAAAGCCAAGAUCCAUCAACCAAUUGAUGGGAAAUAUGCCUCCAGAAAGGGUGAAUGUAUCGAGACCUUUUUAUCAUUGCGGUGUUGAUUUUUGCGGACCAACUCACUAUAACGUCAGAGCUGUACAUAUAGAAGUAGUUGGAGAUUUGUCUUCUCAAUCAUUUCUCUUUGCCCUAAAAAGAUUUGUAGGAAGGCGGGGACUUUGUCACAUAAUAUUUUGUGACAAUGCUACAAAUUUUGUUGGUGCUAGGAAUGAUUUAGCAGAGUUAAAAAAAGUUUUUAAUUCAAUAAGAAUACAAUCAAGAAUACAUACUUAUUGCUUGGAAGAAGGUAUAAUAUGGAAAAAUAUACCACCUCGUUCUCCUCACUUUGGAGGCUUGUGGGAAGCAGCUGUAAAAUCUGCAAAGACACUUCUCGUACGUCAUUUAGGCGAAGCUUCAUUGACAUAUGAGCAGUUGCUAACUGUGGUCAUACAAAUAGAAGCAAUUUUGAACUCUCGGCCCCUGACCCCGUUGUCAUCUGAUCCAAACGAUUUCGAAGCUCUUACACCAGGGCACUUCUUAAUAGGAAGUCCUCUUACGGCCAUAGCAGAACCAGAUGUGACAGACUGCGAAAUGAGCAGCCUAAACAAAUUUCGACAAAUACAGCAAAUACAACAGCACUUUUGGAAAAGGUGGUCGCAGGAAUAUUUCCAUCUUAUGCAACAAAGAGUAAAGUGGAAAACUAAGUCAAAUAAUCUUAAAAAUGACACAUUGGUGCUAAUCAAAGAAGAAAAUAGUCCUCCUAUGCGCUGGAAGCUUGGUCGAGUGGUUGAGACAUUCAAGGGAAGUGAUGGUAAAGUACGCGUAGCUAACAUAAAAACUAAAGCUGGAACGUACCAAAGAGCGAUUCAUAAUCUUUGUCCACUUCCAAUCGACGAACCAGAUUAUAAAGAAAAACAAACAAACUGCAAUAUUCCAGAAUAUACAAAAAAAAUCCUCAAAAUACAAGAGUUUUGA